ACCCCACAGAACCCUAACCCUCAAUAAAAUUCCGCCCCUCCUCCCGCCUCUCCACUCCUCUUCUCGCCCCACCUUUCCUCCAGAAGAGAAAACCCUAACCCUAGCUCUGAAAUCAUGCCUCCGAAAUUCGACCCCUCCCAGGUAGUGGAUGUGUACGUCCGGGUUACCGGCGGCGAGGUGGGGGCCGCCAGCUCGCUGGCCCCGAAGAUCGGGCCACUCGGCCUCUCGCCGAAGAAGAUCGGAGAAGACAUUGCUAAGGAGACGGCCAAGGACUGGAAGGGCCUCCGCGUCACCGUCAAGCUCACCGUGCAGAACCGCCAGGCCAAGGUUUCCGUCGUCCCGUCCGCCGCUGCCCUUGUCAUCAAGGCCCUCAAGGAGCCCGAGCGCGACCGCAAGAAGACCAAGAACAUCAAGCACUCCGGCAACAUUUCCAUCGAUGACGUCACUGAGAUCGCUCGGGUUAUGCGGCCACGAUCCAUGGCCAAGGACCUCAGCGGCACCAUCAAGGAGAUCCUCGGCACGUGCGUCUCGGUGGGCUGCACUGUCGAUGGGAAGGAUCCCAAGGACCUGCAGCAGGAGAUUGCGGACGGGGAUGUUGAGGUGCCGACGGAGUGAGUGGAAGGAGGCGGAGAUUUGAGAGUAAGGGGUUAUUGAAUUUUUUUUUUCUCUUUUUCUCUCCCUCUCUCUCUUUAGCUUGCUUGAAUUUUCUUCUUCUGUUAGAUACUGUUAUCCGAUGAUGAGGAUUUUGGAAGUUUUGUUGGAGAUCUCCGGAUUUUUGAGGUUUCAGUCAUAGGGUUGUUUGGAUGCUAUGGUCUUGGAAUGUAGCCUUUCGAUCUUUUAUAUUCAGUUAUGCAAUUGUUGAUUUCGUUUC